AGGGGAAGUAACCACUUGAAGAUGUUCGUCUUAUGACGAAAUGUAUAGUUUAAGCGAACUAAAUAUGAUAUUAUAACUAUUGUUCUCUAAGUAUGUUCUUUAUGCACUGUAUGGAUGGCUGAAAGUGGCACAAGACCUGAUGAACCGGAAAGAUUCCAAAGACAGGGCAGUGUGUCCAGCAAACAAGACCUGAUUCAGUGGGAAAAUGCCUCCGUUGAGACAUGCACUAUACUGAGCUGGCUCGGUUACGGACAGGAGAUCAUACAGGCUCGGAGAGACGCAUAUCGGAAGUAUGGCAAGCUGUGUACUGCACCGUUGUGUGGAGAGGCAACGUUUAUUGUUACGGGUAGCAAAGGUGAGGGGCUGAGCAGCUACUUGGAAAGUGAUUUGGAUACACUGAUUGUAAAUAAUAGAGUAUUCUGUUUAGAAGAUGAUGUCAAGUCAAGUGCCUUUCCUGGGGAGAUAACCGUGUUGAGAUCACUCAGCCGCAGGAGUUACCAUGGUCACUGUAGACUGCUACUGGAGAGACGCGGUACAACAAUUCACAGGCACGUUCAUGAUGCGUUUUGUGAUGACGGAUAUGGUCGCGAACUUUUGAGCAGCGACUUGUUUGUUAAUAACUGUUCGAAUGAAGUCUGGUCUGAGGACUUGGUGCAGCAUGAGCGUGCGGGACCGUCAAUUCCUAGUACAGUGCGGGGACACUUGCACCGCGACUUGGUCCAUGCAUUACCUUACUACUGUCCCAACAUCCUGUCGAAAUGGGCCGCAAGACCUCGCCACUGGCCGCCAACGGAAGCCGUUCAGAGGAUCGUUUCACUUGGGGCAGUUCUUACGCCUAUUGGAUUUAAAGGAAGUGAAUAUCAACAUGUUGAAUGGAGAGUGUGUUUUAACGCCGGUGAGAUCGAACUAAUUAGCAAUCUUAAUGACACUCAAACUAAAUUGUAUGUUUUAUUGAAAAUGAUAAAGAACGAUGUAUUACAUCCACGUAAAAAAGAAGUUACAUCGUACACAUUAAAAAACAUCGUUUUAUGGAUGGCGGAAAAUAAUCCUCAAGCCUCGUUUCAUAAAAAAAGUAUUUUGCAGUGGUUGCAUGAAGCAUUGGAUGCGCUUAGAGUUGCAUUGAUCACCUUAGAGCUACCAUACUAUAUGAUUCCAGAAAGGAAUUUGAUGGCAACCUCUGGACUGGAUGUGGAACAGCAACGCACAUGGAUAUCAACGAUAACAGAUAUGCUCAAUGAAGGUCCAAAGAUGAUACUUAGACUUCCUAAGAUACGAAAAGCUCUCAUUGCUCAUCCUGAACCAUUACGAUGGUACAGCGGGAGGAGAAUAGAGCUGGAGUUGCUGAACCUCAUGCACACGAGCAGAGCGGAAAUCUGCAUGGAUGAGAACGGGAAGAUUGACUAUACCGAUGCGAUUAUGCAGGCAUUAGUGAGACGAAUACACGAGGUUGUAACAGAUGUUGGCAUGAGGAUGAUAAUGGAAGGGAGUCGAGUUACCAACGCGGAUGCUAUUUUUAAUAGAAUUCUGAUGUAAAACGUUAACGAUGAUCAAUAGAUCAGUAACGAGGCGCAACACGUAUUUAUAACUUUUGAGUACAUAUUAUCUUUAACGAAUCACCUGUCAUUGUUGCCAAAAACGUGAAAAUUAUACAACUUAUCGUAAUAGUGAUUUGUUCAGUAAUUGAUGUUUGACUUGCAGACAUUCGUUUCACUUUUUAAAAAUGUGCACAAUUUUACGAAAGAUUUGUUUACAGUAGGCUGUCAAAUUUACCGAAACAAUAAAUGUCGAUACAAUUUAUUAAAAAUGUCAAUCGCAUAGAUGACAGUAGUUUACAAAAUAAAGUUAUGUAAAGUAAUUUUGCUAUAUUGUUUAUAUCUUAACAAAAUAUGUACGUAUUGAGCUUGGAAACCAGCGGUAUAAUUUCAAGUUAUGCAUAUAUUUCUUUUUAGAACUUUUAGUAGUAACUCAUUUUGUCAACGUAUGUAGAAAUGUGACUUGUGUUUAUUUGCGUAAGCAUGUUAGGAAAUAAAAUGUGUUUGUGUCAUUUGUAGCUCAUCUUCUUAUCUAAAUGUUCACUUGGUUUAUGGUUGGUAUUGUUAACGCAUUUGCACUGAAUGAAUAUAUGUGUUACUGACAGUUACUGAAAGUCCACUGGUAUUGUUGUAAUUGCUGUAAAUGUAUCGAUAAUAUUUUUGUGUUCCUUGUUGAGUAGAAACAUUGUUGUGAUUUGUAAUAUUGAUCAAAAAGUAUUGAACACAUUUUUGCACUUAUCGAUAAAAAUGGUGCAUAUCUGAGUUCAUACCUAUUUUUAAAAUGUCUUCAAUAACGCUAUUGUUGCAUUCACAAAUAAGAAAUAAAGUGCAGUUGUUUUAUGCGAAUUGAUUAAACUACUUCUCAUGUGAAUGUAUAAUUGCUCGUGUUUUUUACUGGACAAGUGAAUGUAAACUUUUAUUGAACACGGAUAAUCUGUUUUCAUCAAAACACAUAGUUUGUAUUAAAUCUAAAGAUACAAAGAUAUAUGUUAUAGUAUUGAUGUUUUUAUGCGGAAAUAUUUACAUACAUGAUAAACGUAAUGGUUGAUUUUCGUUAAUCUAGUUAUACCGUUAAUCUCGUUUUGCUCUAAGCAUGUGUAUGCUUUUGUUAGUUUUCUGUUUGUUAGUUUUUUAGCGAGGCUGUUUUCGGAGAAAACCCGAGCUAUUGUCAAAGCCAGCUCGUCGCCUGCCGUGCUAAAACCUUGACAUUGGCCAUAACUUUUUUAAUAUUGAAGAUAGCACCUUGAUAUUUGGCAUGCAUGUGUAUCUCAUGGAGCUGCACAUUUUGAGUGGUAAAAUGUGAAGGUGAACAUCAUCCCUCAAGGUCAAGGGUCGAAAAAACAAAGUCAAGGGAAGUAACAAGCUUUAGAUGGACAUAGUUAUCUGACCUGCCCACGUUUAUAUUUUUGUUAAAUAAAUCAUAGCGGCGCAGUAGGCGGCAUUGUGUUUCUGACAAACAAAGUGUGGUAAAAGGUCAAGGUCAAGGUCAUCCUUUACGGAAAGGAAAAUCGUGAAUUAUAAUAAAUUUGACACUUGUUAUUGUUUUAAAACCUCGUGCCCCGAAUAGUUACAGAUAUGUUGCUCUGUUAUUGCCUAACCAUUAGGUAUUUAAAUGGUAAUUAUCUCAAAACCAUAAUCCUUUUGUAUUGCCUUCGAAUUGUAAUAACGAUAAUAUGACUGUUUUUUACA